UCGCUAUUCAGUGCUCUACACAGUAUGGCCGGCGAUAUUAGCUAGCACUCGCUAACGGUAUUCUCUGCAAAAGGGAAGACGGUAACUCAAGAAAAUCAACACCUGGAUUGCUUAAAGGACUGUACCUCAAUAAAUUAUAACUGAUCGAGGAAGGAUUUAUUAAUCUGUGAACGUUACAACCGACGGUUAAUAAUUGUUGUUGGGUGUCUGUUGUCUCAUGAUGGAAGAUAACGGUGCACAUUUCUUCGAGGGGACUGAGAAGCUGUUGGAGGUGUGGUUCUCUCGGCAGGAUGAGACCAAAGGAACCGGAGACCUCCGUACCAUCCCAAGGUUUGAGUGGGACAAACUUUUGGAGAAUGUGCACUGUUUGAUCAUAAGUGUGACAAAGUCUGACAAGCAGGAAGCUUAUAUACUCAGUGAGAGUAGCAUGUUUGUCUCCAAGAGACGUUUCAUUUUGAAGACGUGCGGAACCACCCUCUUACUGCAAGCACUGGUGCCUCUGCUGGAACUCGCCAGGGAGUACUGCGGGUUUGAUGCCAUCGAGAAUUUCUUCUACUCCCGCAAAAACUUUAUGAAGCCAACUCAUCAAGAGUUCCCUCAUCGAAACUUCCAGGAGGAAGUGGACUUUCUCAGCCAGAUUUUCCCAAAUGGCGCUGCCUACUGUAUGGGACGUUUGAACUCUGACUGCUGGUACCUGUUUACCCUGGACUUACCAGAGUACUGGGAGAACAAGCAUGCGGAUCAGACGCUGGAAGUUCUGAUGAGUGACCUCGAUCCAGCCAUUAUGGACCAGUUCUAUAUGAAAGAUGGUGUUUCUGCAAGUGAUGUCACUCGUAUGAGUGGAAUUCGUGACCUGAUACCAGGUUCUGUGAUCGACGCCACAAUGUUCAACCCUUGUGGAUACUCAAUGAAUGGAAUGAAGACUGACGGAACUUACUGGACCAUCCACAUCACCCCAGAGCCGGAGUUCUCCUAUGUCAGCUUCGAAACCAACCUCUCCCAGACAUCGUACGAUGAUCUGGUCAGGAAGGUUGUGGAUGUGUUCAAGCCAGGAAAAUUUGUGACUACACUUUUUGUCAAUCAGAGCUCCAAAUGUCGCAGUGUCUUUUCUUCUGCUCAGAAACUCGAGGGCUACAAGCGCCUCGACCGCCAGUUGGCUCAAUUCAAUGAUUACAACUUUGUCUUCACAAGCUACGCCCAGAACCGCCAGCAGAACCAGCAGAGCUGAGGGUUGAGGAUGAAGAAGAGGCGUAAAAAGAAAGCUGACUGCCCGGUGCUCGGCGCCGGCGGCCGGCUUCACCCCCCAGUAGAGAGCUUGUCGUCCUCCUCCCCCCUCCUCCACCCUCUCCCCUCCUUUUGCUGCUGUCGUCGUUCAGAAUCUCCGGACGCGGUUGCGAGCCCUAGUUUAACCUCCAGUUUGAGUUGUUUGCAUUGUUGUACCUGUGACUUAGAUCUCUUGCAUGAAAGCUCUUUUCUCUGUUUCGAUAUUCUAGCUCACUCUUGCUGUGAUCUUGAAGUGCAUGUAGAGGAAUUAAACACGCUCUGUUUGAGGCUGUCCACCUGUGCCCAGUAUGACGGUCCCUUCCUGCAGGUGUCCCCCCUCAUCCCCCACAGACAGGGCUUCCGCCCACACUAGGCCAGGGCCCUGACAUGCUCAGAUCAGUCUGCCUCUUUGGAGAUCAGCCUGUCCAUUUUUAAAGAAGGAAAAAUUCAAAUUUGCGACGUGUCAUCUCGUUUUCCCUUUACCAUCCACCAGUUUGAGUGCACUUUAAAAAAAACAAACUGUUUACUCAUGGUACGAAAAGAGAAGGCCAGCCUUUUGUCCCAGAUCUGUUUGAAUGUAUAAGUCGCGGUUAAGCUUUCUAAUCGUCGUCACAUUGUCGGGACGUGUUAGAGUUCCUUGCUGUUUUAAUGUCGCACUGUUGGAUUAAAAGUUUGCAGCUCGGUGUGCUCUUCAGUUACUGUAAACUGCACUUGUAGUAAUAAAUAUAAUAUAAAAUAAAUAAUAAUUUCUGCUUUGCUGGGCUGUGAUGCGGAUUCGUGCUACUCCACCUCGACAAUCAUGGUCCUCGUGUUUCCCCAAAUAGACAGGCUUUUUAAAGUUGUAUGCCUGGAAAUGCAUGAAUAUGAAUCAUUGAAGACACUUUGUUGCACUCUUUGGUACAGCGUGCUGCAUCUAUAGGAAGCUUCUAUCCUAUAGGACCCCCCCCCCCCCCCCCCCUCCCCACUCUCUCCCCCAGCCAUAUUCAGCACUCUUAUUUUCCACAUUCACACCAAUUGGUUAAAUGGAACAUGUUGAACGUGAAUGUAGCGCAGGCUGUGCAAAGCCUCCCCGUCUUUUUGAAUGUACACGUCUCUAGAGAAAAGCCUGGACCGGGUUUGAGCUGAAUGUACGACUCCAGGAAAACGCGCACACACCUCCACCCCGAACCCCCGACUCUCCUCUUCCCUUCACAUAUACAUGGAGAGUCACAAUGACCUUUGCCAACCAGCCUUUGUCCAGCUCGCAGCAGGUCUCCCUCUCCCCCACCUCUGUCAAAGUCAGACUGUCAGCUGGCCCCAGAACCGUGACCUGACGGGAGGCGGGCCUAGCCGGCUGCGCUCGCUUUGAAUAGGGGAGGGGAGGGGGGGAUAAUGAAUCGGACACUUUUUGCUUAGUUGCCCAGCAAAGCAUUUUUCUUCUUCCCACAUAAUAUCCAUCCUCUCUCUGUCUCUUUCCGCCCCAUACAGAAAUCUGUAAGCACACAAUAGAGGCCCAUCGGUCUGAGCAUGCCAGGGUGAUCCCGGAUCAUUCCACAUGUAACCGCUGCAUAAACUGCCAUUUUAUUAAAUUUAUUGUGCCCGGACAAUUUUUUUUUUUUUUUUUGCAGUGAAUUGGUCGAAAAUGUGACUCCCCCAGCAGUUUUCAUUUUUCUUUUUUGUUUGGAUCAGUGCCCUUUGUUCAUCGAGGGGGAAAAUCCUGUGACACUAUGGUGCAUGUGACUACUAGUGCUGUGUUGCUUGACAGUGUAGUGUAGCGCUGUCUCUUCCUCCUUUCUGUCAGUAGGUCUGUGCUUCACCUUCCUCUCGUUUUUACCAGCUGAAAGCGUAGCUGCAACUGUUGCAUCCUGAUGUGUUACUUUACUUUUCGGAUAGGCGGGGGACUCUUUUACCUUUUUUAGGGUUUUGGGUCAACUUGUAAUUUCAAGUUGUGGCCGCGUGCUGAAAGCGGGUUAGGUUUCCUAUUUAUUACUUCAUGAGACAUCACUCAAACGUCCAACCGUUUGUCCUCUCUGCUCGUUCAGUUCACAGGUGUUCACCAUGCUUUUCCUGCAGGAAAAUGCGGGAUGGGUUGGGGUUUUUUUUUUUUUUUUUUUUUUUUUUUUUUUUUGGGGGGGCGAGGCAGGAGUCUCAACCUGCUUUCAGCUCUGUGGUGCAGUACAAACUGAAAUACCUGCGAAUGUUACAUCAGCACCAACAGCAGCUAAUUUGUCACCCGAGGCGCCCUGCGAGCGGGUUGGAGCAGCUCAUGUAAGAAGGAGCAGUGAAGUUGACUGAAAGUUGCCCUCUAGUUUGUCUCUCACAGCGUUUUGGAGUGGUUUCAUUCUUUUCCUGAGGACCAAUCUCUGCUCUUACAUGACCUGCUCUGAGACGAGUCGCCAAGCGACUCAGGUGAUCUGCUGUUAGAGGGCCUUUUUUUUUUUUAUUUAAAUGAAAUCACACCGAGGGAUUCAAGUUUAAUGCUAACUGUUAUCCGAUUAAGUACAUUUUAGCUGUGUUGGUGUGGAUCAUUAUUGUUUUUUUUUUAUACAGUGAACUCAAAAUGCAUUUUGCAGUUAAAUGGUUAUAGAAUUUUAUACAAAAGAGAUUUUGUAUUUUUGCUGCGGACCAAUACUCUAUUUUUUUCAUCCCGUUUUGUCCAAAUGUUUAUUUUGUUGUAAAAACAAGUGUGUCCUGAAGUUAAGGGAUGACCUUUUCAAAGCUGACGGAAUCAUGUUUUUGUUUUUCUUCACUUUUCCUUCCUCUGUGAAUCAUCUGAAAGACUGCAGAGGAAGGGAAAGUGAAGCCUCCCCCUGGAUCAGAGAGGGUGCAGUUGCAGGAUGUAUCAGGAUGUACUGAAGGAGAAACUUUGCUGUUCUAAUUCUUUCUUUUGCUGUUCUUUGGAUGGUCAAGAUGUGCUACAUAUAUCUGUGCUACGAGCUUGAUGCUUCAAUUAAAAAAAGAUACUUAUCUGUGCAA